AAACUUUCAACUUUUAAAACUAAGCUUUGAAAAUCUUAAACACUACAUCAUAAACGUUAACCAUAACAUUCAACCCCUAAUAAUGAUAAAAAUCCAAAUUAGUCAGAUUAUUUAUUUUUUUACAGGUUAAACAUAAUAAUUCUAAAAUUUAAAAGAAGCUUAAAAAUUAUAAAUGGGUGUUUCAGUUUCCACCUCGUCAGCACAAAACUCGCAACGUAUAGAGAAGAGAGACGAAAGAAAAAAAAAACAGAAGGAUCUGAGUUGCGUGAAGGGUGAUCAAACGCUAGGAUCUGAGAGAGAGGCAAAAUGGCGAAUCAUCGUUUAGAUAACGAGUACGAUUACUUGUUCAAGAUCGUCCUCAUCGGCGACUCCGGCGUCGGCAAAUCCAACAUCCUCUCUAGAUUCACCAGAAACGAGUUCUGCCUCGAAUCCAAAUCCACAAUCGGCGUUGAAUUCGCCACACGCACUCUACAGGUAGAAGGCAAGACAGUGAAGGCUCAGAUUUGGGAUACAGCAGGACAAGAGCGCUACCGAGCCAUCACAAGCGCUUACUACAGAGGAGCCGUUGGAGCUCUCCUCGUCUACGACAUCACCAAGAGACAAACCUUUGAGAAUUCUCUGAGGUGGUUACGCGAGCUUAGGGACCAUGCUGAUUCCAACAUCGUGAUCAUGAUGGCUGGGAACAAAUCUGAUUUAAACCACCUGAGAUCUGUUGCUGAUGAAGAUGGUAGGUCUCUGGCUGAGAAGGAAGGUUUGUCGUUUCUUGAGACGUCUGCUUUGGAAGCGAGUAAUAUCGAGAAAGCGUUUCAGACGAUCUUGUCUGAGAUUUAUCAUAUUAUAAGCAAGAAAGCGUUGGCGGCGCAGGAAGCUGCAGGUGGGCUUCCGGUUCCGGGGCAAGGUACUGCUAUUAACAUAUCGGAAUCAUCUGUAGGUAACAGGAAAGGAUGCUGUUCUACCUAAUGACUAAUCAAAUCACACGUUUGGUUUCAAGACUUAUCUCUUUUUGAUCUUUUACCAGUUUUCUUUUUCUUCUGUUCUUGACUUAAUUUCAGCAAGUAUAGCAUACCUUUUUUAUUUGGAUUUUAUGUUACAGAAAGAAGUUUGUUUAGCUGUAUUGACACUGUGAGGUCAUUCACACCAUUCCACAAAAAAAGGAAGAUUUUUUCUUUUUCUUGAUGUUCUGUUCUAUCUGAGCAUCUUUGCAUCUAAUACAUAACAGAUGCAGCUCUUUGCUACAGUGUUACAUGGUGAAUUGGUGAUUAAGGGAUCUCAUUAUGA